UGAUCCUGUAGUGUAUGGAGAUUACCCCGCUGAAAUGCGCCAUUGCCAUGGCUUGGAGUUACCAAGGUUUUCCGCCAAAGAGAAACAGCUUUUGAGAGGAAGCAUAGAUUUUAUCGGUGUCAACCACUAUUCAACUCUAUAUGUCAAGGACUGUAUUCACUCUCCUUGCCCCUCUGGGGGUGACCGUCCCAUCAUGGGAUUUCUAAACACAACUGGGUAUCGAGAUGGGGUUCCAAUUGGAGAACCGACUGGACUGGCUGAUUUCUUUGUUGUUCCAAGAGGCAUGGAGAAGAUCAUUGACUAUGUUAAGCAAAGAUACAAUAACAUGCCCAUGUUUGUGACUGAAAAUGGAUGCACUUUACAAACACAAGAGAAUGAACUAGAAGACAGGGAUCGGAUCAACUUUCACAGAUCUUACCUUGCCUCUUUAGCCAGAGCAAUAAGAAGUGGUGCUGAUGUACGUGGAUACUUCGUUUGGUCCCUGAUGGAUAAUUUUGAAUGGCUCAAUGGAUACACCAAAAGAUUUGGCUUAUAUUAUGUUGAUCGGGAAACACUUGAGCGAACUCCAAAGCUUUCUGCAGGAUGGUUUGCUAGUUUCCUCAGUUGAUAACCAAAAUAAAGUAAUUAGCCAAAUGGAACCUGAAGUUGCUGAAAUGUAGUUUAUAUCACACAUUCACUUCCAUUUUGUUGCAUGUUUCUCUCUUUUAUUUGGAGGCAUAUAUGGAU